CGGAAAAGGAAGGUCGACCGUUGUGUUGUUUACAUGUGUAAUUUUCGUAAAGAGACGCGAGUAAAAUGUUUGUCCAAGGUAUAAGAUCUCGUAUUACUAGUUGAAUGCAGAAUGUCACAGAAUAAAUAUAUGCAUCCUCGAAAUAUUUACAAGACUCGACCGAACUUCAAAGAAUUAGCCACUUCUUAUCCAGAAUUUCGAAAGUUUGCAAAGCAGGACAUUACAGGUAAGGUGACCAUUGACUUCAAGAAUCAAGAAGCACUCCGAGCCCUAACCACAACUUUGCUUCAUAAGGAUUUUGGACUACGGGUAGAAAUACCGUUAAACCAUCUGGUACCAGCUCUGCCGUUACGCCUUAAUUACCUACUAUGGCUAGAGGACUUGCUGCACCUUUCAGUCAAGUCCAGGGAAGGACAAACAAGAGGAGUCGAUAUAGGUUGUGGUGCCUCCUGUAUUUACCCACUUCUGGCCACCACAAUGAAGAAAUGGAAAAUGCUGGCAACAGAGAUAGAUCAUGAGAGUGUUGAAUGUGCAAGGAGAAAUGUAGCGUGCAAUGAUUAUGAAGACUUUAUAACAGUAAAGCAAGUUGAAGCUGGUACAAUUCUUAAGGGUGCCUUGGAUAUGGAUGAUGCGUAUGACUUCACAAUGUGUAACCCACCAUUCUUCAGUUGUGAAAGAGAAGCAGAUUCCAGCAGCAAAUCUCGAUCUAGUUCACGAACACUUCCUCGUAAUGGGAGGACUGGAUCUUUGAGUGAUAUAGUAGUGAAGGGAGGAGAGGUGGCAUUCAUCCUACAGAUGAUACAAGAAAGUGCAGAACUGAGAUAUAAAGUGAAGAUUUACAGUACUAUGGUAGGACUCAAAUCCAAUUUUAAUGUCUUGAAAUCUGAACUGGAGAAAGCUGGAGUAGCAAGCAGUACCCACACUGAGUUUUCUCAAGGUCACACAACCCGAUGGGGACUUGCAUGGACUUUUCUUCCUGAAAUAAACCUUGAAAUGAUACCAAAGAGCAAGAAGAAGAAGAAUCCAGCACCAGUAAAAUAUGUUGUUCCUAUGCCUAUUAAUCCUCUUUACUAUAAUGUCAGUGCAGUAACCAGCAAAUUAGAGGCACUUUUCACACAGCUACAGAUUGAAUACAAGAAGAUGAAAUGGAAGAAAGAGUCAGCAGUAUUUGAAGUUAUGGCACAAAGAAACACAUGGUCUCAUCAACGUCGAAAACGACGAGAAAAGAAAAACCAUGAGACUCAGCAUUUUGGAAAGAAAUGAUUCACAUGAAACAUCUGCUUCCCUCAAGAGAGAAGAGUGUAGUAUCUCAGUUGAUGCAGGAAGCAGCUUAAAUGCCAGUGGGUUUAUAAUUCUGGAUUCAUCUACAACUGCAGUUCCGUUGCAGUCACAGAGUGACAUGAAGUCAGUGAAACAUAAAGCUGAUGAAAGCUCAGAGCAUGGAAAUAACAACAAAAGACUAAAGAGUGGAGAUGAAGGAAGUCUACAUGAGGAGGCAGAUGAUUUGCUGUACUGUGCUGACCAGACUUGUAAAUCAGGAUUACCUAAUUCAGGCAUUUCCAAAUUAAUAAA